AUUUAUAACCUCAUCGUCAUUAUUUUCCCUCUUCCCUCUCCUACUCAACCUCCAUCUCCUAUCCUCGCAUUCUCUCUCUCCUCUUUCGUCCUCAACCCCUAUCUGAUACUUCUCUUUUUUCAUCUCUCCUACUCUGAUCUCUCUACUCUAUCUACGGAAAGCAUAAGUGUGCAGUGUAAUGUUUGAAGUUUUUUUUUGGCUGAAGGGGGAUGCUCCCUUUUUGGCAGAUAGAAGUACAGAGAUAUGCUGCAUUGCCUGAGCUUGAAAUCAUUAGCCUCGUCUUCAGCAACAGCAGUAACUAGCCCGACGUGCCUUCCUGGUGAAGCAGGGAAUUCAUCACAGGAUACGCCUACAACACCUAGAGCAAGUACCAUACCUUCUCCUACUGUCAAUCUCUCACGUGAAUAUGCACUUGCAGUCCAGACUAGUUCCUACAAUGAGAUAUGGUCCAAGAUCCAUGUAGUCGAGCAACGGGAGAACACUGAGCCUGACCACCAGGAGCAGCUUUUGUUGUCCCAGGUCCUCCAGCCUGAUCGUGAGUCUGCCGAAGAGGUCCUGCGGCAUGCCCCACCCAACACUUUUACCCAACUUGUCUCUGUAUACUGUGAACACAGUGAAAAAACUUGCCAUCUCCUUCUGCUCCUACACCACAGUAUCCAUCAUUCUCGUUCCCUAUAUGCCCAUUUACAUGAUCUUGUCGACGCCUUACCUGCUGACACAGAGUCCAUGACUGAAUCACACUGUAAUCAUGCCUUUGAUAUUUUUUUUCACUUUGACCAGAAAGGAAAUCCAUUCCUAUGCCCUGACUCUCUUAACUUCCAUGACAUGCGUCUUUGCUUUUCCCAGCUCAAACAACAGGUUGACCACCGCCUUGAGAAGUCCCGUGGCAGGGUUCGUCAAAUUCGUUGUGGCACCACCACAUCAGCCCUAUGUUUAAUUGGAGCAGUUGUUGGAAUUACUGUAUCAGCCAUUGCCAUCGGUGCUCAUGCAUUGGUUGCACUGGUGGCCACUUCCAGCUGCCCAGUUUUUCUUCCGUCUAAGAUUAAAAAGAAGGAAGUUGUGAAUAUGACACAGCUGGAUGCUGCAGCCAAGAGUGCUUAUGUGCUGCACAAUGACUUGGACACCAUCGAUCGUCUUGUGUCACGCCUACAUACUGAAAUAGAGGGAGAUAGGCUUUUAAUCCGCCUUGGCUUGGAUAGGGGAAGGGACAAGUACCCUAUAUACGAAGUUGUGAAGCGGCUGCGAAAGAAUCGAGCAAGUUUACUUGACCAGCUCACUGAUCUUGAGGAGCAUAUAUGCCUGUGCUUUGCUGCAAUUAACAGAGCCAGAGAUGGCCUCCUCAAAGGGGUACAUCUUUAUCAGAUUUAGUAUUUAGCUGUUUGACGCUGUAGCUUCGUGAAGCCCACAUUUUAUUGGGUUUCUAUAGCAAAAGUUAGAUCAUUUCCAGAAUUUUAUGUCCAUAGUAACAGAUCAAGUGCAAAAGGAUAACUUUAUUCUUUUAUUUUAAUCUGUCUUACAUUUCAAGAGCUAUGCUACAAUCAAUAUACAAAGAAAUCAAAAGUUAAACCCAAAAGUUCGGGUUGUUGUUGCA